CAUGUGACGACAUUAGCGUUCUCACUUCCGGCACAUAGACACAACUUAAUACUUUAGCUUCAUUGUUCAGUUAAACCCUAUAAACUAAAGGACAGUUUAUCCGUUUUAUUUCCUUAUUUAAUUAUUUUGUACCAGCGCGAAAACAGACGGAUUACUGAAUUAGCAAAAUACUUUUACUUAGCCAAGUUUCAACUGUUUUGCUGUGGUCUAGUCCGGUCAUGAAUGGUUAAGGAAACAGUUUCUCCAGUGAGCUCCUGUUAACAAAAACAAGGGCAGCCGGUUAUGGCCGACGAAAACACUCACCUUUGCUCUAACUGCAAACAUGACAUUCCCGAAGCCAACUUCACCACACACGAGAUCCACUGUCGACGCAACAUCGCCCUGUGUGAUGUGUGCCAGGAGCCCGUUCCCCGAGCCGAACUGCAGAAACAUUCAGAGCAGGAGCAUUCUCAGGAACAAUGCAAAUGUGGUCUGAAGAUUGAAAAGAGGCACAUGGAGACCCAUCAGAGUUCCGAAUGCAGCCAACGUCUGGUCCCAUGUCAGUACUGCGAGCUGGAGCUGGUCUUCAGCAAAGCCAUAGAGCACGAGGAGUACUGCGGGACCCGUACCGAACCCUGCCCCGUGUGCAAGUGCAACAUCAUGCUGAGGGAGAAAGCUAUCCAUCCAGCACUGUGUGGGAGCCUCACGCCUCCUCAGGAGAGGAGGCUGGCCACUCAGUCCCCUGGAGCGUGGUUCGAGACACAGUCCAUCCACAAUCUGUUGAGGGGGCAAGAACGGAGUAAUAAUAACAGUAGUGCAGGGUUAACAGAGCGCAGAGGUCCACCACGGCCACUAGAGAGCAGACUUCACAACAGCACUAGAGGAGCAGUGGGGACUGGGGCCAGGAGAAACAUGGUGCAGAGAAACGAGUUUUCUCGCUUGCUAGAUCAGGACACAGAGCUGGAGACCAACAACAACAGCCUGCUGUGGCCUCUGAGCCAGCUGCCAGAUUCCGACUCCUCUGGCCUGGACUACCUGCUGGCCCUAAGUCUGCAGAGUGAUGGAGAUACCGAGGAGCCAGAUAUUCAGCAGGGUUUGUGGACUGACGUCUGGGAUCAGCAUCUUGGCAGAAUCCCAGUCCCAACCACCUUCAGCUCUCAACUCUCAUCUCCCAAUAACAACAACACUCCAGCUAGCACGAACACCUCCACUGAGAUCAUGCUCCCCUGUGAGUUCUGCGAGGAGCUCUUUCCAGAAGAGGACCUUAUUUUACACCAGACGGGGUGCAACACUGCCUCUGCCAUCGCCUCUUUCAGCAAGCAGCCUCCAUCUCUGCCCCAUGAAGAGCCUUUCACUGACGAUGACAUCAUCACUCCUCGUACCCCGAGUCCUCCCAACCUGCCCCAAUCGGUCUCCCCUCUUUCCUACAGUCCUCCUUCAAGCCCAGUAGGGGGUGAUGUGCUCAUUCCCUGCGAGUUCUGUGGAGUAACUUUGGAGGAAAGUGUCGUAUUUCACCAUCAGGAUAAGUGCGACUUCCGCCCUGCCACGGCUUAUCAAACAGAUGGAGCAUCCCCAUCUCCAUGGAAACCUCUCUACCCAACCAAUGAGAGGUGUGGGAGGAGUUCUCCAGAAAGACAAAGAAUAGUGAAACAAAAGGAAGAGCCUGCUAAGGACAUGGCAACAGUUCAUGACUGGCAGAGCUACAGGUCUUCUGUGGACCCGUGGAAGCCGUCUGCCUUUAGAAGUCUUUCCUCCGCUGGGAAGAACACCAAUGCAGAGCAGCAAGGAAAGAGCAGGAGUCAGUGGGGAAACGUCACAGACAUCCGCUCACCCCGUUUAGAUCCUCUCAGUGGAUGCUUCAGUUCCAGCACUGCAGGGUCUUCUGAGCCUCAGACCAGAGACAGGGCAGACGGCCGACACUGCCAAAAGAACACAGCCGUGUCAAAGGUGGCCAAGAAGCGGAACACUGACAAAGAAAAAGAAGAAAAAUAGGAGGUGCCAGUUUCUCUACUUAUUGUAAAAAAGGGAGAUUAGUCAAUGUUGAGUAUACACACAUGGAGUUCACACACCUUCUCUCCACAAUGUACACUGUGAUUUGGAGUGGGCAGAAUUCUAGGCCCGUAAAUCUAAAAUAAUGGACCAUUAGCCUUUUAUUUUUAUCUGUUUAGUUGGUUUUGCAAUGCAAACCUCCACCACAAUCUUUAAUUCUGGCAAACAGCCAUGAUAUGAGUGGGAUGAUCUACUCAUACCUGUGUGUGUGUGUGUGUGUGUGUGUGUGUGUGUGUGUGUGUGUGUGUGUGUGUGUGUGUCCAUUAGGAAAUAAAAAAUGUGCAUAAUUUGUUUGUGUUGAUGUCCAAAAAAAAAAAAGUUUCUUCGUUUCUUCUUCUAAACGACUUGCUUUUGUUGCACGAAGUUUAAAUUGUCUUUUUGUUAUUGUUUUUCUGGGUAUGUGUUCUUUUUUACUUUUAGCUCUUUUAAUAUUUCAAUUCAGGACUGGAAAGACACUAAAGCUUUUAUAUUUUCUUAAAAUCUUUUUUAAAAUACAUGUGACAGUACAUUCACAUUAAGCCUUAUUCUGUCUCUUAUUUUGCAUACUGUGUAUUUACAUGAUGGUUUCAGGAUCACUCUAAGCUGAGGCAAUCAACUUGUGUAAACUUUUCAUAUUCUUCUGGAAAAAAAUGCUUUAUGGACAUAAUAAAAGCCUCAAUCCCAA